AUGUCGGAUAAAUUGGCGUUUCAGUUCAAAAUGCAGACAAAAAUGCUUGAACGGCAAGCAGCUACUCAUGACAAACAGGAAAAAGUCGAACGUGACAAAGUCAAGAAAGCCUUAAUGAAAGGCAAUAUCGAAGCUGCCAAGAUUCAUGCCGAAAAUGCCAUACGGCACCAUAGUGAAUCAUUGAAUUGUAAACGAAUGGCUGCUCGCGUUGAUGGUGUACAAGCACGUGUUGCUAAUUCGGCAGCCCAACGACAAAUGGCGGGAAGUCUUAAACAGACAGUGUCACUGAUGUCGAAGGUCACUGCGAACAUGCCAUUAACUGAAACAUCCAAAUUAAUGGAUAGUUUGGAGAAAAAUUUCGAAGAUCUUGAAGUUAAAACAAAAGUUAUGGAUGAUGCCAUGCAAAAUGCUACAAGUGUACAACAGCCAGUUGACCAAGUUACUAAUCUAAUGCAAGAAAUGGCUGAUGAAGCUGGUAUUGAAUUGAAUCUUAAUAUUCCUGCGGCGCCAGCAAUGGGCACUUCGGUCGCUCUCAAAGAACAAGAUGAGCUCAGCCAACGAUUAGCAAAAUUGCGUGAAACUUAA